AUGGUCGCAAUGCAGGCCUGUGCUCGGCACAGCCGCUGGCAGCUUGCUUUGGAGAGUUUCGUUUUGGCCCCUUCGCCCCGGACUCCGGUGCUUUACAGCGCAGCCUUGAGCGCUUGCGCUAAGGGCGAGCAAUGGAGUUUGGGUCUACAACUGCUGGAGACUUUGCAUGCCGAACGCGCGCGAGCAGACACAGCGGUUUACAAUGGAGCCAUCAGUAUGUGCGCCAAAGCACAGCAGUGGCAGCAUUCAUUGGCGCUCUUUGACGGCCUGAAUAGUGAGAGCCUUGAGCCGGACUUGAUCACACACAACUCGCUCAUCACUGCCUUUGAGAAGGGCGGGCAGUGGCAGAGAGCUCUGGCUGCCUUCACGAAAACCCCAAGUCCCAGCGUGGUCACUUACAGCAGCGCUGUCAGCGCCUGUGCUCGAGGCAGCCAGUGGCAGGUUGCUCUCCUACUCUUUGAGGCGCAGAAGCGAAGCACUGGGGUGGACGUAAUUCUUUGCAGCGCGGUGCUCACGGCCUGCCGGGGAGAUGCUUGGCCCAGGGCCCUGCAGCUGCUGGCGGACUUCGAGCGCUCCUCCCGUGCGAACCUUGUGGCGUACAGUGCGGCUGUCAGUGCUUGUGCCCCAGGUGGCCAUUGGACACAAGCUCUGCAGCUACUGGUUCAAGCACAAGCCCGUGCGAUCAAAGCCGACACGGCAAUCUACACCUCGCUCAUCGCGGCCUGCGCGGCAGCGGCGGGCUGGCAACAGGCCUUCUUCUUCUUGCGGCGGCUGCGCUCCUCCAUGCUGCAGGCAAACGAGGUCACCUACAACGCAGUCCUGAGUGCCUGCGAGAAUGCGGAAGAGUGGCAGUAUGCUCUCGAGGUGCUGGGGGCUUUGUCGCAUCAGUCGCUACAGGCCGAUGCAGCCAGUUUCAGUGCAGCCGUGAGCGUCUGUGGCCGAUGCUGGCGUUGGGAGCAAUCUUUACACCUUUUGGCAGCUGCCCUCCGGAGCGACGUUGAGGCAAAUGUCAUCCUCUACAGCACUGCCAUUUCCGCGUGUGAAAAGGGCAACCAGUGGCCAGUGGCCCUUCACGUGCUGGACCAGGCGCAGCGCACGUCCCUGCGCAUCGACGUUGUUGCGUCCAGCGCCGCAAUCAGCGCUUGUGAGAAAGCUUGCCAGUGGCAGCGAGCCACCUUCCUCCUGGAUGGACAUGGACCCAGUGUUGUGGCGUACUCGGCAGCAGCCAGCGCUUGUGGCAAGAACGCGCGCUGGACACAUGCGCUCUCGUUGCUGCAGGAGCUGGAGGAGCAGAGCAGCGGCAGGGUCGACACUGAGGUGACCUACACCGUCGCGAUACAAGCAGUGGCACAAGCCGGGGCGCGCGUGGCGGAAUGGGCUUGGGGAGGCUACUGA